AUACCCAAAUGGUACCUAAUUAGGUAAGUACCUCAUUUGUGAUUUUUAACACUGAAGUAAUUAGCAUUCCGUCAUUAACGUUCCUAUAUAUAAAAUAAGGUUUUCUAAACGCUACCAUAACCGUUGUUGAACUGCGAUCCUGAGCAUCUAUCAUCUACUUACUUGAUUGAAAUAUUAAUAUUUACAUUAUGGAAAAAAUGACGAAACAUUUUGGAGAGACCCGUCAGCCAUCGGGAAUUAAGCCAGUGGACUUCAAUCGUAAAGCCAGACAGUACCCCGAGUGCCUGUGCAUGGUAGAACUGAGGGAGCCGAUUUACCAGUGCGAGUCGGGGCACAACAUGUGCAGCAAGUGCACGAAGGAGACACCGGUGUGCCCAAUUUGCCGAAAAUCAACCGGGAAAAUGAGAAACUGGCAGCUAGAGGAAAUAGUUGCAUAUUAUCGAGGCGAACUGCUGCCCUUUGGCACUAGUGAUGUGGGCGAUAGACGUCACUACCGUCGUCGUGACGUCACAACCGUGCACUUGACGGCGACAUCAGCCGAAGGCCGUCUUCUUUGCGUGCCCUUACUUCAAGCUGAGAGAGCUUGGGCACAUGCCAUGCAGCUAAGGCAAGAGGCCAAUACUGAGCCUAGGAAGAAGUUCCAUCUAGUCUCCCGGCUUAAGAAGGCAUAUGCUCACGCGCAGACUCUUCUGCAGUUGUGCGAGCAAAGUGGAGUUUGCGACGCGCGCACGCAGCUGGAGGCGGGCGCGUACGCGGCGUGGUUGGGCGGCGCCUUACUGGUUGAGCUGCAGCAGUGGCGCCCCGCCGCGGAGGCGCUGCAUCGCGCGCAACUUGUGCUCGAGAAACUAUGCGCCGCAUUACCGGAGGACGAGCGUUUGCCAUACAAGCAGAAGGUGGAAGAACUGAAGCCUAGCCUUCGUUACUGCGCCUACAACAUCGGGGACGAGUCUGCGGCCGGCGACCUCGUUGCUAUGCGCGGCCAGGGACUCAUCGAGAACUUGGACUCACUCAUGGCACAAGCUAAGGAGUCUCGCUCUGGUGUGAUGCAUGAAGUGGAAUGGCGCGGACGCAAGGUAAGCGUGAAGCCUGAGAAAGUGCGACUCUUCCUCAUCGCGUUACAAGACCUUGACAAGUCUGUCGCCAACGCAGACUCUGUCCAGGCCAAGAUCGAUAUCCUCGAGAAUAUUCUGAUGGACUGCAAGGACGCCAUAUCAGCCAUCAAGGAUGAAAUCAAAAGCGACCCCAAGCUGAAGUCUGCUUCCGAGAUCCAGAUGUCUGGCAUCAACUACUUGCUGUCUUACUUGAUGUACCUGCGUUUGAUGCGCACUAUCGACAGGAACAACUUGCUGGUCCAGCAGGCUGAGGAAGCUCGCAAGAACAAUAUACAGAUCGACGGCAAGAAGGUCCGGCCCCAGGACUUGACGAGACUCUACGAGAUCAUCUUGCAGAACUUAACUGAGUUGCAGCAGUUGCCUGGAUUUGAAAACGACGCGGCGUAUCAACAGGAAAUCGAGACAUUGACUAAAGCAUACCGUGCGUUCCGUUGCUACUACAUCGCUCAGGUACUCACCGGACUCCGUCGCUUCAGAGAAGCUCUCGCUAUGUUGGAGAGAUGCAGCAACUACUCCGCCGAGUCGCUCAAAACCAAACUAGAUGACAAGCGUUUGGUUGAGAAGUUGCAAAUGUUGAAGAAGGACAUCGAGAGCUGCAAGUUUGAGGUCCAUGCUGACUCUGUGCUAGAGGAUGAUGAAGAUCAAGAUGAGGAGACGAAGUACACGAGUGGCAAGUCUUACAAGGAUAAGAAGCCUCUAGUCGAUCGUUUGGACGAGUACAGGGAAGACACUCAAGUCCUGACAAAGAACCCUAACGUCUACAAAAUGCCACCGUCGAUGGAAGCCAUUCCUUGCAAGCCAUUGUUCUUUGACCUGGCAUGCAACUUCGUAGAGUUUCCGAACCUGGACGACAAGACCGGUGCAGCAGAUAACAAGAAGCAAGGCGCCGGUCUCACCGGACUGGUCAAAGGAUUCUUGGGAUGGGGUAAAAGUGACAAGUGAACAUAGAUUUAUUUAUACAUUUUCAUUGGUUUUACUAUAUACCAGGAUUUGUUUUUAAAGGUUCAAAUUAUAUACAACAACAAAUUAGUCUCUUUAUUUAUUUUUGAAUUGUUUUAAUCAAUCAAUGCCCCUCAUCAAUGGUCAUGACAUUGGUCUCGGGUUCGUAGUCAGGAUCGAUCAUUCGCGUCUUAAUAAUGUGUUUGUAGACAAAAGCAGACUUUCUUGGCGUACGAGUGAGUUCGGGAUCAUCGUAAUCCACUUGGUAUAAGCCGAAACGUUCCCUGUAAACAAUGAAGAUAUUCAGUAUAUUUCUUAUAUAAGAACUUUACUUUAAUUUGAAUUUUCAAGAAAACUUUAGUUAGAACAUGACUGCACCGCUGGCGCGCAACGUGGCGCGGGUUCGAUUCCCAAAACGAACACUCGCAAACUCUGUGUAGGUAAUUUAAAAAUUGUUGUUCCUGGUCUGGGUAUGAUGUGUAUGUGAAUAUUUGAAACACACCCAUGAUACGAAAAAAUCUUUCUAUAGGACGAAAUGUUAAAUGACGCUCACGUGUAUCCAGCUAGCCAUUCGAAGUUAUCCAUGAGACUCCACGCGUAAUAGCCCUUGAUGUUGAGUCCGUCGUCCAAAGCGUCUAGCACGCCCUCUAACGCAGAUCUAUAGUAAUCCACUCGGUCAUCAUCAUCUAUGCCUCCGUAUGACGACCAACCAUUCUCCGUAAUAUAAAUAGGAAGAUCCCCAUAUCUUUUCUGAAUUAGUUUCAAUGUGAUAUACAUACUGUCUGGCAUUUUCUGCGAAUAAAUUAAUAUUACAUUAGAACUAUGGCAAGUAUGGCAACACUAAAUAGUAUAAAAUAAAGUUUUGUUUCCGCUGUGUAUCCCUAUGUAUAUGUAUGCUUUUUGUAAGGGGGGAAAAUCAUCGAAUGACUGCUCUGUAUCAGACUCUUAAUGACUAAAAACCAUCCCGUUCCUUCUCCUGCACAUCGAGCCGGAGCCCCGGUAACGGUAACCCGUUAGGUUCUCCGCGACAUGUAUAUGUAUGCCUAGUUUGUUAAACCUACGCCACGGCUACAGAACAAUACAGAUAGAAAUCACAUGCAAUUGUAUUUUAUGUUCGUAUAAUAAACCGCUAUUUAUCUUACUAACUAGCAUCUCAAAUCUCUAAUUUCGAUUGAGAUAGUGUCAUUCGUAAUAUGAUGUACUUUAUAUUCUUGUAAACAACAACAGAAUGAUAAAAUUUAUCAUAGUGAUAUCUCCGUCAUAGUGACACUUGAAUCUUCUGCAAAGAAGAUAACAUUAUACCUACGAGGAAUAUGAAACUGCAUUUAAUAAGUAGGUAGCUGACGUUAAUAAGUUGAUAGGACCUAGGUACCUACCUACCUACAGAACUAUAGUUCAUUUUCAAUUUUCAACUUUAUUGUUUGGUUAUAAAGUUCAAAGUCAUAAAAAGAAUUUAAAAGCACAUACUUGGAACCAUGCAGACGCAGACUGAAGCCAGUCAUCAGGUAUCAUUUGUCCCACUUCAAUAUCGUCCAAAGAUGAUGGUACGGCGUACUGUGACGUAUACAGAGAGGACGAAACCAGGGAUCCAGUGUAAUGGUUGACGCCAUAGAAGUCGCUGGUACCACGUAUAUAGGCCUUCUCUUCCUCCGUAAAGUCAAUUAGUCUAGAUCUUGGGAAGCCCUGCGCUGCGCUUUUUUUAGCAACUAACUCCAAAAGCUCUUUAGGGAAUCCUCCGUCUUUAGAAAACACGGGGUCGCUGUAUAUUGCCCACUGGAAAGUUUUAAUUUUUUAUAAGAUGAAUAAAAAGUAGCAUAGAUAUGUAAUUCAACAGAAAUUCAAAAUCGUUAUUAACACACAGGGGAGCCAUGCUUCGGCACGAAUUGGCCGGCUUCUUAUAGACAACGAUAGCAACGAAAUAGUGUUGCGGGAAUGGCGCCGAUUGCUUACCAUCAGGUGAUCCAAAAAUUUCGAUCAUCUGAUAGUGGGCGCAAGGUACAUUUAAUAACAAACCUGAUGCUGGGUCAUUAACUCCACGGCAUAUUUAUCUUCUUCAGAAUCCGUGAGAGGGGCUACCGAGUCCAUGGCGAAGGUGUAACCACACACUCCACCGUAUUUAGGCUUGUACACAUUGUUAUACAGGUGGUACGCUUUGGCGUGGGCGAGGGCAAUGUGUCUUGCGCAUAUAUACUCGCCGAUUCCCGUUGCAUUCAACAAUGGAGCCUUUAUAUCAGUUCCGUAGCCGUCGUAACAAACUUGUCCAGGCUCGUUGAUUGUGAUAAAACUCUUAACUCUGUCGCUAAAGCUCUCGUACACGACACGAGCAUAAUCCUCGAACCAGUCAACAACAAGAGGGUUCAGCCAGCCGCCCAGCUCUUGAAGUUUUUGAGGCAGGUCCCAGUGGUACAACGUAAUUAUAGGAUCGAUGUUGUAUUUGAGUAAUUCGUCGAUAAGGUUAUUGUAGAAUUGUACGCCAGCUUCGUUGACGUGGUUCGCGAAGCCAGAAGGUAAUAUCCUAGACCACGACAAGGAGAACCGGUACGAGUCGAUGCCUAACUCUCGCAUCAUUUCUACAUCGCGCUUGUACUUGUGGUAAGAGUCACACGCUACGUCACCAGUGCUUCGGUCAACAAUUGCAUCUGGAUUAUUGUGGACUAAAUAAUCCCAGAUGUUUUCGCUUUUCCCUGAAAUUACAAAGCAUCUAAAAUCACGCCUGUUGUUUUUGCAAUUUCGCAUGCCUAUAAUUCGGGUCCUAUUAGAAGAAGGAAUUAUCCUAUACCUAACAAUAUUUAAAGCAAUCAUCAGAGCAAGAAACACGCAGUUACAGUGCACUCCGUCUUAAGGUAGCCUAAGACGGAACAUUUCAAAAUCCAAUCCAUAUUAAUUAACCAUAUAUCCAAUCAAUAUUAUAACAUUAUUAUGCAGUGCUUUCAUAAACUAAAAUUAGGCACUAUUUUGCUGUUAAGCUAGUAAAGGGAAAAUAGAAAUAGAAAGAAGUAGUAUAUGCUCUAUUCAGUUGAUACCUACCAUCUUCAUCCCAUGCUCCCUCGAUUUGAUAACUAGCAGUAGCAACUCCGAAGACAAAGCCAUCUGGGAACUUCCUGCCUUGUCUUACCUUACCACAUGUUACUGCUACUGCAGAGC